UCAAACCAGUAAGCUGUACCGGAGACAGGGGUCGCAAAUUACCCAUGGCUGGAAACUGUAUGCCCACAUUUAAUGUGCAGUUAUAGAGGAGGUAGAGGUGGGUCUGGAUUUAUGGCCAGUUCCUCCUGUUUAUGUUCUUUUUUAGCAGGCACCAAUGUCUCAAUAUACGUUUAUAAGCCAUUAGAAUAAGAUUUCAUUAGUGAAGUAAUUAUAUAGUGAAUUAAUUUUAAAUUGCUGAUUACAUUACGUCCCCCUUAAUUUGCUUCCUUCAUUAUGGCUGCUGAACACCCUGUACCGGUGAGAUCGAUUUGUUUACGAUACCAAUAAAUCACAACGACAGUUUGCAAUGCAUGGGUGACAAAGUCAAAUAUGCGGUUAUUAUUAUUUACCAAUCUGGCCAGCUGAAAUUGUGCACUUAACCUUUAGGGCCCUGUUUUCGCCAGUCAAAAUAAAAAAAAAAUGCUUUGAAAUGACAGAAAAGCCGCUUGUUAGCCACGUGUUAUAUGGAGCAGAAUUAUUUCUCACUAAAUCUAGGUUAUCACUCCACACAGGCUAUCUCUCUUCGGGUUGUACCAUCGGGAGGAUCAACGUUUAUUCGAGCGAUAAAGAUGAAUAGUUUAUCUGUGUCCCACAUUAUGGCGGUGUGAGCUGUGAACCGCUGUCUUCACUGCUGCUCUCCGCCGCUGCUCCCCGACUUUUCUCUCCGAUUGCAGCAGCAUCCAGAAGGUUAGCAUCUCUGCGUCGUCGUCGUCUUCCUUCGACGCCUGGCUUCGAGUGAGUUGACGCUCGGCUUCCCUGUACGUCGAAGUGAAGAAAAGCCGCGGUGGAGGGAAAGGAGAAGCUGCAAACAUUCAUACCGAGUGACGGUGCGACUGGAGCGGGUAAAGUUGCUGAUUCACAUCACAGACAAAUCCCCUGGGCUUUCCACUUGCCUGGGACUACUUCCUGAAGAUUUCCAUCCAGUCUGCUGUGAGACUCUGCAAGACUGCUGAGGUCAUGGCAGUGCCUUCAACCCAGGAGUUCCACUGGCAGACCCUGGCACGACUUUCUAAUGGCCGCGUUUACCGCACCCUUGCAGAGGUUGGGGGACAGGUGUACAUGCUGGGGGGCUGCGACGCUGCAGGGAGGCCGUGUGCAAGUCUUGAGCUCUACUCUCCGGAGGAAGACCGCUGGAUAAGUUUACCCCAGAUGCCCACUCCUCGUGCUGGGGCGGCUGUGGCAGUCCUCGGAAAGCAGAUCCUGGUAGUGGGAGGAGUGGGAGAGGACCAGAGUCCUGUCAGGGUGGUGGAGAUGUACAACAUAGAGGAAGGGAGGUGGAGGAGGAGGAGCGCUCUCCGGGAGGCCCUCAUGGGGGUUUCCAUCACAGUCAAAGAUACACGCGCCCUGGCUGUCGGGGGAAUGGCCAGUGACCUGCUUCCUCGUAGCAUUCUUCAGCAAUAUGACCUUCGAAAAGAUGUAUGGGCUUUACUUCCUCCAAUGCCAACCCCUCGCUACGAUGCUAACACACAUCUGCUUGGCAACAAACUCUAUGUGGCAGGUGGUCGUCACUGUAAAAGACCAGUAAAGGCAUUUGAAGUGUAUGACGUGGAGAUGCGCUCUUGGACGACCCUGCCCAUGAUGCCUUGCAAACGUUCAUAUUGUGGUGUAAUCUGGGAUCCAACUGGGAGGCUAUGUCUGCUUGGAGGUCUGCGUCAAGGAGGGGGACACCACAGCUCCAAGUUUACGAAGAACGUUAACAUUUUCGACACCAACCAAGGUAUAUGGUUAAAGUCAGAGGACACAGUGGCACUGAAGACAAAAAGAGCAGAUUUUGCUGCUGCAUUUCUUCGUGGCAGGAUGGUUGUAGCAGGUGGACUUGGUCACGAACCCUCAGCUCUGGACACAGUGGAGGCAUUUCAUCCUCAAAGGAAGAAGUGGGAAAGGUUGGCUCCUAUGAACUUCCCACGAUGCUCUGCCUCCUCUAUUGUUGUCAGAGACCGCCUCCUAGUGGUGGGAGGUGUUAACCAGGUGCAGCAGAUUGUGUUUAUGUAUGGUCAAUACCACGGGUAUAGACCAUACAUUGGCUCGCGGACCAAAAUGAGGUUCAAAAUUUGACUGGUGGGUCGGUUCAGUAUUUCUCUCUUUUUCUUUCUCUCUCCCAGGUUCCCAGUUCAGCUCACGAGAUCCUUUAUGUCAAAGAAGAAGAGUAUGUCUAAGUCUACAUCAUCCACAUCAUCUUCUCUCUUCACUUCUCCUGAAUCAAACAGAAGUGUAAAGUGUAAAGACAAGACCAAAGGACAAAAUAAGGAGAGUUGGAAUGUAAGAGUGUACAAUACAGGAAAUGUCAUGUCAAAUACUGCCCCCUACGGGCAUCCGCGAAGAAGCACAACGAAGGAGCUGGCUCUCUUUUUAAUAACAUUCUUUCUACAGAGGAAGGUGGUUUUCUGCCCAUUGAAAGGGCGACUUGUAAACAGUGGUAAAUAACACACCUUGAUUGGCCUAUGUCUGGUAUCUAGUGAGUGGUAUCACUGUGAGUUGGGACAGCAUUGGUUAAAGUUCAGCAGAGAUGUUGACCAAAUUGUGGAUUGCUGUAAUGUUGUCAUCGUGGAUAUCAAUAGUGGGCUAUAUUUUGGAUACAUUUUGGUUGACUACAUUCUGCCAAACAAGGAAUAGAACAACAUCACAUCAUACCGGAUUGGUCUAAGGUCUUGACAACAAUACUUGGGUCACAUUCUGGAUAGUAGAUGUUCAGCUCUUACUGGAAACUAGAUGAAUCUAUUUGCUAUUUGCUGAUAUUAAAAGUGGACCAUAUUCCUAAUUUCAGAUAGGGAUCAAAUUCUUGAUCCCAGAUGUGUUCUCCAUUCUAGAUCCCAGACGUGGGCCACUCAAGGAUUGCACAUCAUGUCUAAAUGUGGGCCUCGUGAGCAUUGUUGCUAUGUAGGCUGUUGCUCGAUACCUGUUGUAUGUGAGACUUCUAUGUUGUACGUUGUAGUGCAGAUCUGGGGAAAAUGUAUUUUGCAGCCAUCACUUUUAGCAUUUUAGACAGAAGGAAUGAUAUUUAUGCAUUUUAUAUUUGAUUCUGUGUCUUUGUUUGUAUGUAUUUAAAGUUCACAGCUUUCUAAGAAUUGAACGUACAAUUGUCAUUGCCACAUUUAAAAUUGAUCUAUGCCAUAUUUACACAAUGCUUUAUAUCUGGUUACCAUCGAUCACAGGUGAUGACACUGAUUUAUACCUGGUGGCUAAGGAGGCGGACUUGUGUCCAGAAUGUUACAGGUUCGAAUCCACCAUUCAUCAGGAGCCACUAAGGUGCACUGAGCAUGGCACUGUCUACACACACUGCUCCCUGGGCACUCCCCUGCUGGCUAAGGUGAUGGGUUGAAGGCAGAGGACACAUUUCAUUGUGUCACUGAGAAUAAUUCAGUUUCACUCCACUUCACUUAUACUGUAUAGAAAAUGCUGUCUGUCUCUGAUGUGUCAUGUCUAGACUGCAUUAGAAGCAUUCCUAUAGACUUAAUGCAAGCACUGAAAUAACAAACAAAUUAGCUAGUGAAAUGUAUUCAGUUGUUGGCCUCAGAUGUUUUAACUUCACUAAAUUAGAACAUGCAUGUGAAAUCAUUUUAAAGGAGUAUUUGUUGGCCCUCAAACAGCUCUGCUCGUAUUAUCAACAUUUGAUUUGCAUAUCUUUUAACUAACCUUUAUCCAUCUUUUAUUUUACAUUUUUCCAUCUCACUAAUAAUUUAAUUUUUAGCUAGCAUCAUUAUCUCAAUCUCUGGUAACUUGAAUGUUAUCUUUUCACCUCUUUUCUUUAUUUUUGUUUUUGUUAUUUUUUAUCUCACUUUUUUAUUUUACCAACUUUGAAUUAUUCUCUGCAUAGGUAAUAUAGUGCUAAUAGCAACUUUGCUCUUUGGUUUCACAAAGAGUACUGAGGGCAUUUUUAGGAAUCCAGUAGGUCAAAAAACAGAAUGUUAAACUACUGUGAUACAUUUUGAGUGUUGUUAAACCUAGCAUUGACUUGUUCAAUAUGAAAUGCAUUUAAAAAUAUGACAAAUGUGUGGCCUGA